CACACAGCGGCACCGGCUGCAGCGGCUCUGGAGCGCCACAGAGGGGAUUAUGUGAUGGAGAGACUCCCGCCACCUCCGCCCGCUGCUUUAUCCUCAUCAGCAGCAGCGCUACACAAGCCGAGGGACGCCUCCUCCGCCGGAUCCUCAGAGUUCCUCUGCUCCGUCUGCCAUAAGCUGUUCCCCCUGCAGCGGAUGCUGACCCGACACCUGAAGUGCCACAGUCUGAUCAAGAGACACCCCUGCAGAUACUGCGGGAAAGGCUUCAACGACACCUUCGACCUCAAGAGACACAUGCGCACACACACGGGU